AUGGGUAAAGUUCAAUCAAAAACUGGUCGACAAAAGAGAAGCAAAAGUUCGGCAUCUACUACUUCCAUUGAUCAAGAAAUUAUUCAUAAAAAACGUGAUGUUGAAAUAUAUAAUUAUAUUGAUAAAAGAAAAUACUGUGCAUCUUAUGUACUCCCUUUGGACGAUGAUGAGAUUGAUCGGUUAACUUUACAACAUUAUAUUUUUCAAAAUAUAUGGAAAAGUAAUUUUUCUUCCCCUGUUGAUUUUCUAUUGGAAAUUGGUUCCAAAGUUUUGGAUGUCGGGUGCGGUCCUGGUGUUUGGAGUUUAGAGAUGGCUAACAAGUAUCCAAAAAGUUCAUUCACCGGAAUAGAUAUAGUCGCUACUUUUCCUCAAACGAUAAAGCCUGAAAAUACUAAUUUCAUUGUGGGAAAUCUUAAAAGGUUACCUUUUGAAGAUAAUUCCUUUGAUUUCGUUUAUAUGCGAUUAAUAAUGUUUGCGCUUACGAUAAGUGAUUGGCCUGAAGCAAUAAAAGAAUUGAUUCGAGUAUGUAAGCCAAAUGGCUGGAUUGAAAUAAUGGAAAGGGACAUUCUUUGGCAUAAUGAAUCGGAUUUGGUUCGUAAAUGGCGAACAAGUAUUGUUGAUAAAAUACGUCAAGAAAAAGGAAUUGAACUUAUUAUAUCUCCACAUAUUCCUGGAUUCUUACAUUCAAAUAAUCAGCUGACUAAUAUUGAAUAUGAUAAAAGGAAAGCAAAAAUUGGUUGGGGUGAAAAAAUGUAUGAAGCUUACGGGCAAUUGAUUAUGUGGGGAGCAAAAAAUUUAUCAAACGCCGUAUCAGACAUUCAAUUUAAUGAAGGACAAUAUAACAAAUUAGUUGAAGUUGCAAUUAAAGAAAUUGCAAGAAAUAAGGGUUAUGACAAAAGUUAUCGAUUUUGGGCACAGAAGAAAUCUUUGUAG